AUGCAUUUGCCCAGCCGGCAGAUCGACUAUCCCGAGCUCGCUUCUUCGCAGCCGAUUCGCCCGCCGCCCGCGGCGGCUUCGCCAGCGCUCGAGCGGCAAGCGAGCCGGCCGUGGUUGAACCAACAAAGGCCCUCGUUCUCGCUAGUCCCUGCCAUUGGCCCGCCCAGGAUCAGCUCGCAAUAUCCGGUGGUGUUCUGGGGAGACGACAAGGUUGGAGUCUCGGGGUUGAAGAACCUGGGGAAUACCUGCUAUGCGAAUGCACCUCUGCAGUGCCUGAGCGCAACGAUUCCGUUUGCGCAGUUCUUCAAGGACACUCGGUGGAAGAAUGCUAUCAACAUGCACAACACGAUGGGCAGCAAGGGCGUACUCUCUGCGGCGUUUGCGGCGCUCGUGCAUCAGAUGUGGUCAAGUGAAUCGCAGCUUAUACCUAGCGAGUUCAUGCGUGCCAUCCGAGCCAUCAACGAGCAGUACAAGGGCUCCGACCAGCAUGAUUCGCAAGAGUUCCUGAGCUUCCUGCUCGAUGGGAUCCAUGAGGACCUCAACCGAAUUCUGAAGCGCGAGAACUACACGCGAACACCGGAGCAGGAAGCUGAGCUCGAGCGCUUGCCGCCGCAGAUUGCGAGCGAGCAAGAGUGGCAGGCGUGGCGGUUGCGGAACGACAGUAUUAUCGUGGACUACUUUCAGGGACAGCUGCGAAACCAGGUCAAGUGCUUGACAUGUGGGCAGACAUCGACCACGUACAACACGUUCUCAAUCCUUUCGCUGCCUGUGCCACAUGCAAGGGCCGGCGGGAAGGCGCAUCUCAAGCAAUGCCUGGAUGCAUUCUUCAACUCGGAGACGCUGGAGAAGGACGAUGCAUGGGACUGCCCGCGAUGCAAGACGAAGCGCAGCGCUAGCAAGUCGCUCAUGCUUGCUCGUCUCCCGCCUGUACUCGUCAUCCAUCUCAAGCGUUUCGAGGCGCACGGCCGGUUCUCGGACAAGAUCGAUACCUUCGUCGACUUCCCCCUGAACGGUGCUUCGACGUCACCCGAGGAUCCACGGACUCAGCUGCCGCCGUACAAGUACGAUCUUUACGGGGUGACGAAUCACUUCGGCAAUCUGAGCAGCGGCCAUUGUGAGUACUAUCCACCUUUCGGCUACGUGAAUAGUAAGCUGAUCUGUUCGGUGCAGACACGGCGUCCAUCUCUUCCGGGGGUCGCUGGUACUACUGCGAUGAUAGCGUCACCAAAGAGUUGCCCGAUUCGAGACAAGUGGUUGUACGUGAAAAAAGACCACCUUUGCUGA